UACAAUGCAACGUUGGUUUGGUUUAGAGUCGAUAUUGAUGUACCAACAACAUUGUCUGUAUUGACAUUAGUCCUACAAUUGCUUCACCAGUUCGCCACCCGGUUGUUCCUUUCCACUAUCAUCAGGUAUUAUCAUCAGUUUGAAGUCGGUGAUGUGCAUAUUCAUAAAGAUUUUGCGGUGGUUGUUGCAGAGAUAGAGUUCAUGCCCUAA